AUGACACAGGCUAUGAUGGAAGCCCCGCCGGCGGCUGCGCUGCGCGUGGUCAAUACGUUCACGCAAGACGCCUUGCAUGGCUCUGGUAGUGCGGUGGCCGUGCGCCUGCUCGCGGCCUACGAAGCCAUGCCCGCGCCCGCCACCGCCGCACUCGCUGCCGUCGAUGACCACGAACAACUGAAAAGACUGCUGCGGCUACGAUAUCCAGUGGUUCUCUCCCGCUGGAACGAGUACAGGACGUGUGGGCAUGGAACACUGGCAGCAGGAUUCGCACUACAGCCGCCGGCGCCGCAAGCAGCACGCCAGCAGGACCAAGAUGAGCCACCGCGGCAGUGCCUGCACUUCCACAGCGCCUUUGCAGAUGCGCCAAUUCGAGUGACGGCGCAAGAAGACAGCGUCGCCGACAUCAUCCUAGAACACGGAGCCUUUGAAUCAAGGGAAACGCCGGUGGAGGUGACGGUCUGCGCUGCAUUGGGCAUCGAUGUUUCUGGCGUGCAGUUUCAAGGUGAGUGGGAUCUGGGCUUGCUGCUGCUCCUGCCAAGCGAUGCUGACGUCCUCAAGCUGCAACCGGACUGUGCGGCGCUGGCGCGCAGCGUGGAAGCUCGCAACAUUGUCGUCGCCAGCUUCAACCAACGACGCAGCCACCGUGGCGGCGGCUAUGACAUAGUCUACCGCGUCUUCUGCCCGCACCUCGGCGUGAACGAAGACUCCGCGACCGGCUCGUCCAUGGUGGCGCUGACGACGCUGUACGCCAAACGCACGCAGCACGCACCGGCAUGGCCAGUGGGUGCGGGCACUGCAGCCGCCGAGAGCUGCAAGCUAUGCAUUGUCCCGGGGAUGCCGAGGCAGCCGUGGUCAACUACGCGGGGAGGCUGCGUAGCGCAAGCCCGCUAG